AUGUCCAGGCGAGUAGUUAUGCGCGAGUGUGACAUUGGCUUAUCUUAUACGUCGGAUAAUAUGCGCUUAGUCUGUAGCGCGGCGUCUCGCGGGCGGCGGGCCGGCGAGCUGCAGGCGCUUGCGCGGUCCCCGGGGCUGGGGCGCGGGCCGCGGGACGCCGGGGCGGGGGCCGCGCAGCCUCCCGGUGCAGCACUCCGCUGCCGCCCGCCGCCCGCAUCGAUUCCUCCCGCGAGAUAG